UUAUCACCUCGCUGCCACAUCACAUCUCAUCCAACGGCAGUCAGAGCAUCACAAUGAGAAGCAACAAGUUUUUCAUCUUGACCUUCCUCACCAUUGCUCUCUUCCUGAUGGUCGUGCUUCUCUCUACAACAGCAACAAUAAAUUUUGUGGAGGCAAAAAAGGAAAAUAUUCGUGUGGUCCACAAGAAACGAACCAUCCGCUCUCAAAAACGCAUGAAAAAGACCCUCAUUAAAUUAUUGAAGAAAUUCUCAUCAUCAGGUUCAUCAUCCAAAUAUUUGGCAACGGAGGAGAGCAAAUCCUUGCACAUGCACUUGACUCGUGUUGAGGAACGUUUGAGAAAGACUUUGGCGCGCUUGGAAAAACGCUACAAAAAAUUGAACAGACGUGUUAAGGAGACUCAUAAGAAGGUUGUUGAGAAGAAGAAGGCUUACAAGAAGGCACAAAGAAUUUAUAAAAAGUAUGUGGCCCGAUAUGAGAAGAGAUCAUCCACAACAACAACAGAACAACAAACAACCUAUGAGACUGCUACAGCCAAGUUGAAGGAAUAUCAAGCUAUUUUGGAGAAGGAAGUUGGUAAUUUGAGAAAGUUUAGAAAGGCUUGGAUUUCUGCUAGAAAGUUGAGAAGACAACACAAUAAUACCAUCAGAAGACAAUUAGAUAUGAUUGAUUCACUCAGAGGUAUGAUGGGUAAGCCAGAAGAAGCAGAACAAGCUACAUCUUCUGCUACUGCUGCCAAGAAUUAACAUCUUCAUCAGAAGCUGAACUAUUUUGCCAACAAUUAACAACAAGAUGUUGAUGUGUGUUAAUUGCUUUGCUUUACUAUGUACUACUAUUAUUAUUGUUAUUUGUUAACAACUUGUGUUAAUGUGUAUCAACAAUAUCAAUAACAACCGUUUCAUCUUGUGUUGGAAACAAUGAAGGAUUGUCUUUCUUAGAGAGGAAACAAUAAAUUGUGCUCCUGCCUGCUCAGGACAACAAC